AUGGCCUCUUUGAAGUCCACAGAUGGCCUCGGAUCCACGACAGCUCUUAACUCUUCCCAUACCGUAAUAGAAACCACAAUCACAAGGCCACCUACGUCGUCCCUCAAUCUCACGAAGAGCGCCAAUGCCAUCGUCUCUCGAAACACCUCUCUGUCGAUUACAGACAGCGGAAGCGCUUAUGCAAGUGCAUGUCAGGCAUCGUGGGCUGCAUGGGGUAGCGCUGCUCUCAAUGUCUCUAGAUUCAUCACUACCUCAACGGAGUACUUCACAUACACGAAUUGGACAGCGACCACGACGACAUUAGGGGGAUGCGAUACGCAUCCUCGCCUGGUUGGCACGUUCACGCCUAUCGCAUCAGGAACCAACUCCACCACAUGGGAGAUGUACACGCGAACGGGACUUCCAGCGACACCUACGUGCAGCAUCAAUCCCUCUGACUGCAAUGGUCUAUACUCUGCUUCCAUCAGCAGCUCUUCGUCGUACAACAGUGCAGCGCUAGCCGCGCAGACCACGAUCUUCCUGCCACCACAAGCCACAGCCGUGACUUUCGUUCACUUGUCAUCGACUUCCGUCAAAUCCUUCGGGUCCGCGCAACUUCCUUCGCCUGCAAUUAUUACUUUCAAUAACACCGCAUACCCCGGGAGCGUGUUCACAAAUAAGCUCACGUAUCCCACAACUUCUGUAUACUCACUAACCCACUAUUCUAUCGAUGGGGACCUCUUAUUCGAAGACUCAUCAGCGAUUGUGCAAGCAGACAUCGGGACUAUGCCUCCAUACCAGACCUUCAUCUGUAAUCGAACAGUUGAAGGUUCGACCUGCGGCGCCUGCACCAUUUAUGGUGGAGAGGUCCAGCUUCUGUACUUUCCGGUCGCUGCGAAUGCUUCUCGCAAUUACUGUGCGCAGACUGGUGGCCCUGUAACAACAUGCCCUCUGGGCCCUACAACAGCACCCUACACGGCUAUCGGAGCAGAUAUUGGUGGCAUCUGUGAGAGCUAUGUCAACUGCCCGUAUCUCAUUGGCAACACAUCGACAACAGAUAGUGGCCCUUACGUCGUUACCGCCAGCACGACCCUCUAUCAGAAUCGAGCAUACAUCUCCCUCAAGACAGCCUAUGCCUCGAACUCAUGCGGCUAUGUCGGCGGGCAGCAUGCAGGAAGUGUGGUCACUGUGGCCUCAAGCCAAGUCUUUUCCGUCAAUCGCGCCCACGGCGAGGAUUGUGCUGACUACGGCUACUCGUUCGACUUCGCGAAUCUCUUGCCUAAUUUACCGUUCAGUGCUUUCAAUACUGCGGUCAGCAAUAAUGCCUGUCAUAGGCCUCGGCCUGGUGUAGCCGAGCCGGACGCCCUCAAUGGCGAUUGGGUCAACGGACAGCAGAUAAAGGACACGCAACCUUGCGACACUAUCGUUGAUUGGGCGUACUAUCCUUUGCUCGUGGUACCGACGCAGAUCAGGGAGAUGGAUGCAGCUUGGGCUACCUGUGCCGUAGCUUUGGAUGGGCUGUACGACCCGCCUAAAGCGCUGACCGCACAGACGACCACCGAUGGUCCUUCUGGCCCUGCUGGCGUGCAGACGACCACCGCCGCUAGUCCCGCUAGCACGGUGAACAAUAAUUCACCUACUGCCACCGGAAUAGCUACGUCUGUUGCACCUUCUACUCAGCCAGCUCAAGCGAGCUCGACAGCAAAUGCCGACCCAGGCAACAGUGGUGCUGGUUCAUCAGGAGCCAAUUCCGGAGUGGCAGACCCCGGUACGAGUGCAGGCUCAGGCGCGGCAGAGAGUAGUAGUGCCAAUCUUGGAGCUGCUGGAUCUAUCCUCAGCCAGGCCUUGUCUACCGCAACCAACCCAGCUACUUCGCAAGGAUCUGGUAAUACUGGAGCCGCAGGUUCUAAAGGCGCCGGCUCGAAUUCAGGGUCAUCUGAUAAUAGCGAUGCCGCCGCAUCUCAAGGUUCUGGUGCAAAUUCUGGGUUUGGAUCUGGUAGUAAUGGCGCAUCUUCUGCUGCUCUCGACCCAUCAACGAUCUCCGUCGGUUUUUCGGCUUUCACGGUCGUGGCUACACAGGCAACAGGAUCUUCCGCGAUGGUGGUGGCAAACGGAGGUGUCACGGCAACUCUAACAGCUGGUCAGACGCUAUCUAUUGGUGGGCAAGCCGUCAGUGCUGGCUCGACCGGAGGCGUGGUUAUUGGCUCUGGAAGUGCUGCAGCCACAGUCGUGCCCGCUGCUUCCAUUGGAUCUGGCUCAUCUGCUGCUCAGUUUUCUGGUGUUGUGAUCAGUGUAGGCUCCUCAUCCUCUUUGACUGCGGUGCAGACAGUCGUCACUAGCAGCAAUGGUGAAGCAACUACGCAAGCUAUUAUCGGAGGCAGCACGAUCGCACAAGGUGGUGCUGCAGCAACCAUCAACGGUCAGACCAUAUCCCUGGGAUCCGACGGCGUGAUCGUAGGCUCGUCUACCCAAGCCGUCAGCGUCCUCGCCGCUGCGACAGCCUCAGGAGCAGUCGUUCAGGUUGGCACCUCGAGCUUGACUGCUGUACAAAGCGUGAUUACAGGCAGUAAUGGCCAGCUCACCACACAGGCCGUGAUUGGUGGUACCACCACUACUCAAGGGGGUGCGGCAGCGACGAUCAAUGGGCAAGUAGUGUCUCUUGGAUCGAGCGGUGUUGUCGGGGGUGGAUCGACCACGCAAGCAAUAUCAGCACUAGCGACAAACGCAGCUCCGUCUAGUACGUUUCUGGCAGUCGGUUCGGCGCUCGUCACCGCCUCACAGACAGUCGUCACGGGUAGCAAUGGGCAGAGGACGACCGAAGUAAUCUUAGCUGGCACGGUAUUGACGCAAAGUGAGUCCGCAGCAGUAGUGAGUGGACAUACUCUGUCCCUGGGCUCGAACGGCAUCAUCAUUGAUGGCAGCCAAACUGCCACGAUCUCUACCUUGAACGCUGGAUCAGCUAUCACUGGGUCUGUUGUCACGCUCGGCUCAUCUACCUUGACGGCCUCUCGAUCCGUGGUCACCGGUGCUGACGGCAAACUUGCUACCGAAGCCAUAGUCGCCGGCAGUACUCUUAUCUCGGGCGGCGCUCCAGUGACGAUCGAUGGAGAUACUUUGAGUCUUGGCUCUGCUGGGAUCGUGGUUGAUGGCAAGCAGACCACAGCCCUCUCGUCAAUCAGCCCAUCCAUUACUGGCGCAUUGGUGACACUUGGCCCUUCCACACUUACUGCGUCACAAACUGUCAUUACCGGUACGAAUGGCCCGCGUACGACCGAAGUGAUUAUCGGUGGUAGUACACUAGUUUCUGGCGGUGCACCAAUAACUCUCUCCGGCCAUACUCUGACCUACAGAUCGAACGGCGUCGUAGUGGAUGGCACACAAACAGAUCCGGUAUCUACAUUCGCUGUUGGUAUGACAGCGACUCCUGUUGUCUUCACUGAGCAUGGACAAGUGUUCACUGCUACACCCAUUCCGGGUCGAUCAGGAGUCUACAUCGUGGAUGGCCAAACAAUCUCUGUUGGUGGCUCUCAGGUCACCGUUGAUGGUCUGACACUCACAGCACAAUCUUCUGGGCUCGUAGUAGAUGGUACACAGACGAUCUCGUGUAGUAAGGGUGUUUCGCCCGCUCGCUUGACCGCUGCCAGUGGCCCUUCAGUAUCGUCCACUGGGCCUUCGCCAACAGCGACUACCACGAAGAAGUCUGCAGCAGAUAGUUUGGUCGCUGAGAAGAUCAUGGGGAGCCUCGUGUUGGCUCGUAUUGUGGCAGUGUUGAUGACAAUGUAG